AUGGUCAAAAUUAAUCAUUGGAUGGAUGAGGCCAAGGAGUGUGGGGGACAACCACGGCACCGCAAGUCUCUUCCAGUCCCAGAUGGUCCUCUUGAGAAAGACAAUUCCAAGUCCUCUAUCUUCCCCCGUACUCGUCCUUUGAAAGGGAAAUCAAACUUUCCCGACAAGAAGCUCUUCCCAGCCCGUCCGCUCGAGCGGGCUCGACUGCCCCUGGAGCUGGCAUUGUCGCCGGGACUCUUGAGAUUCCUAGACCCUGUAGUGCUCUGCAGCCUGCCCAGACUCGACGACCAGAGCGGUGCGUCCAAGGGCAGGGCCUAUCACUACGGGACGAGGGGCCAGGUCGUCAAGGUUGGCCACUACAUCCAGGAGAUGGAGGCUAUAACUAUGGCCUUUGUCGGGUUCUACACCGACAUUCCCGUGCCACAGGUGUAUAUGGUGCGGGAGGCGACGAAGGAUGAGGAAGGAUUGCUGGUGACGGAUUAUGUCGAGGGCGAGCAGCUCAACCAGGUGUGGGACGACUUGACCGCCACGGAGAGGGAUGACAUCGUCUCCACCGUGGCCGACUACGUCCUGCAGAUGCGCCGCCUUCGGUUCCCCUACAUAGGUGCCCUCGACGGGAAGGGCGUGCCCGACCCCUUCUUCCACGAGCGCGGCUCGCGGGCCUGCUACAGCGAGGAAGCCUUCCUCGAGAUGCUGGUCGCCUUGGUGGAGCGAGAGGUGGAGGGCUCCGACGACACCGACGAGGCCGAUGACGCGGUCGCCGGGCUGCGGCGCCUGCCGAGGGGGGAGAGGAGUUUCCCCAUGACGCACGGCAGCCUCAACGCCCGCAACAUCCUCGUCAAGGACGGCAGGGUGACGGCCGUGGUCGGGUGGAACGCGAGCGGCAUCUACCCGUCGUGGUGGGAGGUGUGCAAGACUGGCUUCUUUAGCCAGCAAGAGUUUGCGCGCCGCCUUCUCCUCGAGCUGGAGCCCUGCUAUGAGCAGAGAGAUGUCAUGGAUCAAGUCCGAGACGUUGUGCACUUCUAUGACAACGAAUAA